AUGAUCGAGCAUCGCGAGUCGAUCUCGUCAACCACCUCGCCCAAACGAGAAGCCCUCCGCGAAGCUGGCGAGGACGAGAAGGUCCACGCCAUUGAGAGGGCCCGCAGAGAGGGCAAGGUUGUCCUCACCGAAGACGAUUGCUACGAUGCGUUGGGCUACAACUUUGGGUGGUGGAAGAAGUGGACUAUUCUCACUGUCAUCUUCAUCGUCCAAGUGUCGAUGAACUUCAACUCCUCUCUAUACUCGAACAACCUCGAUAACAUCCAGGAGAAGUUCGGUGUUAGCGCGCAGGCCGCACGGUGCGGUGCUAUGAUUUUCCUCGUCUUCUACGCCUUCGGGUGUGAGCUCUGGGCCCCGUGGAGUGAAGAGCUUGGAAGGAAGCCUAUCUUGCAGCUCUCGCUAUUCCUCGUCAAUCUCUGGCAGAUACCCGCUGCUUUGUCGCCGACGUUCGGUGGCUUGCUGGUAGCCCGUGCCCUCGGCGGUCUCAGUUCCGCUGGCGGUUCUGUUACCCUCGGUAUGGUUGCUGAUAUGUUUGAGCCAAACGAUCAGCAAUACGCCGUCGCAUACAUCGUUCUUUCCUCCGUCGGCGGCUCCAUCUUUGGACCUAUCAUCGGCGCAUUCACAGAGGCAUACCUGGGAUACAAGUGGAACUUCUGGGUGCAGCUUAUUUUCGGUCUCUUCACGCAGGUUUGCCACCUGCUCCUUGUUCCAGAGACACGCUCGUCGAUUCUCGUCGACCGUGAGGCGAAGCGCCGUCGCAAGAACGGCGAGCCGAACGUGUACGGCCCGAAUGAAGUUACACCUGUCAGAGAGCGCUUCUCCGCCAAAGAGAUCGGCAUCAUCUGGAUCCGUCCGUUCCACAUGUUCCUCACCGAGCCGAUCGUCCUCUUCCUCUCGCUCCUCAGCGGGUUCUCGGACGCUCUCAUCUUCAUGUUCCUCCAGUCGUUCGCCCUGGUGUACAAGAACAUCUAUGGGUUUGGGACGAUCGCUACCAACAUGGCAUUCGCGCCGAUCUUGAUCGGGUACUUUAUUGCUUGGUUCUCGUUCAUGCCGUUCUUCAACAGAAAUAAGCGCGAUCGUGAGCUGCAUCCGCACAACGAGCGUAUUCAGUACGAGUCGCGGUUGUGGUGGCUCCUCUUCACCGCGCCGUGCCUCUGGAUCGGCCUGUUCGGGUUCGCGUGGACGACGCUUCCGAACGUACACUGGAUCGCGAGCAUGAUCUUCGCCGCUGUCAUCGGUAUCGCUAACUACUCCAUCUACAUGGCCACGAUCGAUUACAUGAUCUGCGCGUACGGCGCCUACUCCGCCUCCGCCACGGGCGGCAACGGCUUCUCGCGCGACUUCCUCGCCGGUGUACUCACGAUCCCCGCGACGCCGUUCUUCACGAACAUCGGGCCGGAUCACCACGUCAACUACGCGUGCACGAUCCUGGGCUGCAUCGCGUUCCUUAUCACGAUCCCCGUGUACAUCUUCUACUUCAAGGGCGAGUGGUUCCGCAAGCGCUCGCCGUUCGCGUGCUCGCUCGCGGACGCGGCGAAGGAGAAUGAGCUACGCCGGACGGAGAGCAUUGUGCGCGUGUCGACACGCCACUCAGAGGUGCGGGGUACAAGCCUCAGGAGCCCGUCGAGGGCGCGGUCGAGAAAGGAGAGUGUGGAGCAUGUGGAGAAUGCUUAA